GAUGUCGCCAAGCAUAACACUACCAGCAUCACACGCAAGGACUACCCAGAACAAUUCCUACGUCGUUUGGCACAGCUCACUUGUGGAUCGUUUGCCACUGUGCAGUUUGUUUGUGACCAUUCAGCCUGCAGGCAUGGAUGUCUUGUUUGGGACCUGGGACAGUUUAACUAUCCUGAACCUAGAAGAUCUAACAACGCUAAAGUUUUUGUCCACAUGCUACACGACGAUAGCAUCAUGCAAGUGAUUACCAGCCUUUCCGGAAAAACAUACCAGGCAUUGCCGAUGGACCACCAGCAAGUACUUAUGAAUUAUAUCAGAAUGAAUCCAUCGGGUGAGUUUUAUCAGACAUCUUCACUUUUCAUCGUUGACGUUCUGUACUCUUCAUCUUUCUGCAAAACUGAAGAUCAUUUGGACCAACAAGAGCAUUGGGCGAAAUAUCUGGUCGACCAGCGACUGGUCAACGGUGUCAAUCGAUAUCUGCGCCAGACUGCACGAGAAUGUGCACACGAUAAUUCUUGGUGGUCAGAUAUGAAUUUUACCGGAGUACCAGGCCAAUCGAUACUGCUUGGAAGAAACGUAUUGGCACGUCUGCCAGAGGACGGGCACUUCUACCGUGGAAAUAUUGUUGAGCUCAAGGGCAGUUUCAUAUGGCACAUGGCCCUUAUUCGAUUUGGGCCGUUCCGUACAACCGAUCGCUUACCGCGAUGUCGGAGUGGCACUGGAAAGUCAUGCUGCAACAGUUAUCGCUACGAGUCUGUACCAAUGUCAGAACUGAUUGACUUGGACUAUGCACUUCGACACCCUAUCCGAACGGGAGACCGAGUACUCGUUCCAAACUUGUGGCCCAAACCCCGGUGUGCUUCGCAUCAGAAGGAGGCUUGCCCUCGAAUAGCCCACAUGCGUUAUCUACCAGCCACGGUGGUUGACGGCUUCGAGGAUCGGAGUGUGUUCCACCCAGAUAGAUAUUGCGGCCAAACAGUGUCGAUGAUUACAGUAGCCCUUGCGAGCAAUAAGUAUCGGCUCGGUUGUCAUCCAGUUGAACCAGGUCUAGCCGUGUGGAUACCAAACACAACUUACGAACGACUCAUUUUGGAGCAGUUGCUUCCAGCUUCAGAACGAAAAUGGUUGCGAACCCACACAUUCACUCCCUAUGUAUACCCAGAACAGUCAGCACCCGGUUAUCCGGCAGAUGGUCAACAAAAAAAGACAUCCGACCGGAAGGCUAUUCCCUAUGAGACGCAGCUAGUGAAAUACUUGCAGUUGCACUACAAACCCAUUUGUCAGGUAGGUUGGGUUGUUUACUGGCACAUUAUAAACGUACUUUUUGUUGCACCUUUGCUUAGAACUGUGUUUUCACAUUUACUUCCUUCUCAGUCUAUCUAG